AUCUAUGAAUCAAGCAAUACGCAUUGCAAGUUUAACUUUGUACGCCGAUAUUUAGCUACUAAGCAGAAAAAAUAAAUAAUCAAUUCUUACUCAUUUCUGUAAAAUGAAUGUAAUAAUGCUAAAGGAUGUUAGCUUUAAAACUUUAAACUUGUGAUACAAAAGUGCAUUCAAAUGUGGAAUUAAACUAUACUUUAAAAGUUGAAUGAAUAAACAUGAUGCAUUAUAACGAGGUAUUCCUUGUACUGUUUUCAAUUGUACUUUACACAUAUGCUGAAGUUAGCGAUACAGACCUAAAUGAUUUGUCUGAACAACAAAAUUCUGUACAAAUCAACAAAUGUUGUGAAGAAAAUGAAAUUGCUGUUGACUCAGUGUGUCGUUUAGCGGAACAAUACAAUGAAACCCUUUGGAAUCCAAUAUUUAGGACUGAAAAUGGAGAGGAAGUUAAACUUAAGUAUUUUAGAUUUAUACAUGGGGUACCAAAUUGUGAAACAACUGAACUGAGACCAAUAUUUGACUUAGGAAAAUCUGAAGACAAAUUGAAUCUCCUGUCAGAUGGUCGAUUGAAGCACUUAAUACAUCAUCAAGUAAAUUCAGAAUCAAUUAAAAAUGACCCUUUAGUUACAAGUACAUUUAACUUACAUGACAUCAUUACAAUGCCUGAUACAAAAGAACCAUCAUCAUACAUUCAUAAUCAAAAUAAAUAUUGUAUGGAUAAGAUUUUAAUUACAAACUCUAAUACAACAGGUCAAUAUGCACUUGUUUGUGUUCCUGAAGUGAAAAUAAAUUGGAAGGACUCUGAUUUCUUAAUGAAAAAGAUACUUAACCCUAUAUUUCAUGCUAUAGCAAUGAUUUUGUAUCUGACAGUUGCUAUAAUUUAUUUUGUAUUACCCACUUUAAGAGAUUUAGCUGGAAACAUCAUAACUACAAUAAAUGUUUGUCUUAUUGUGAGCCAAGCGGCAGAUUUUGUAAGAAUAUUUACAGAACUAAGUAAUCAUGUCAGUUUUAUGGUGACAGAUAUAAUUUUAUAUAUAAGUUUAUUAGGAGCUUUCUUCUGGUUAAAUAGUUUUGGCUUUUAUAUAUGGAAAACAUUCAAAUCAAGAAAUGUGUUUCUAAGAGUAACAGAUGUGCGCAAAUAUUGUUACUAUUCAAGUGUGGUCUGGUCAAGUGUAGCACUAAUGGCAGGGAUGGCAAUAUGUGCUCAUUUUCUUUUGGAUACAGGAACAAAUCCAUAUAGGAAAAUGAAAAAACAGUUUUCGUCUUCAAUACUUGUUGAUGAUGUGGAACAGGAAACUAUAGGUUGGCUUGGCAUAGCUAUAUUUUUUACCCCAGUUGCAUUUACCAUAAUAUUCAAUUUAUUCUUUUAUAUCACAACAUUGAAGGUAAUUAAGAGAAUAAAUAUUUAUGGAAGGAUACAUUACAAGUUAAAAGGAUGUUUCGAUUUAUUCUUGCAAAUGUUUCUAAUAAUGACAAUAUCGUGGUUGUUCCUACUAUUAUCAUGGUUGAAUUUUGAUGGGCUGCUAUAUGCACAUAUCGUAGUGAAUUUAUUACAAGCCAUCUUUAUAUUCUACACAUGUGUGGUAAGACAGUCUCAUGUAACAUUUUUACUUAGGAAAAGUUGUUGUUAUGCUCAGCCUGUACCUACUGGGGAAUGGGGCGAUGAAAUGACUCAUAUGAAUGGUGGAAAUUAUUAAGUUUAUUUUGCUAAGCCCAAUACCAAAAUCCAUAUUAUAUUAUUAAGGUCCUAUGGUGCAUACAGUUAAUGUAUAUCAAUAGGAUACUAAUGCAGAAGAUCACUUAUGUUUGUAGUGUAAAAUUUGCGAACUAGUUAUUAACAUAGUAUGUUCAUAAUUAAUGAACCAGUUUUUCUUAUAUCUUUAAAUGCAAAUUUUGUAUCAUAAAAAAUCAAAUAUAUUCUCGUAGUUUUAAGUCAAAGGAAAUUAUGAAUCUUCACUAGUUAAGUUAAAUUUGAACACACAGCUUUUUGAGCUUUUACUUCAAAAUUUGUGCCUUAUUGAAUUAUUUUUGUGUGAUUCUUGGCAGCUAUGAUAGAAUUAAGAUUAUACAAAGUAGAUUUAAAAUGCCAUGAAGGUUAAACGAAUUUUACAUAUAUUAAGACUAAUUUGACAAAUAGCAUUUUUAUCAAAAAUUGUGAUAAUUGCGAAAAGUGCUCAUUGAGGAUACUUAAUUAUUUUAUUGAUUAAUCCACUAUGAAAAUAGCACCAUACUAAAAUUUCUAGUGUUUAAAGAUACUAAUAGAGAUUAAGAAGCUUUAAUCAUUAUGACAGGAUCACAGGACAAUGCACAAAUCACUAACUAUAUUUAAUUAUAUUUUUAUUAUUAUUGUAUUGUAAACAAUGUCUCAAAUUUUGUAAAAAUAUCCGUCCAAAAAUCACAAUUUUAGAAAAAUUUUGCUCUCUAAAGAAGAAAUACCUAGAUGUAUGCACUAUAUACAAAAGACAUUAAUAAUGGUCUUGUUAUAAUUUUUUAU